UAACCAGACUCCACCGUCUUCAGUAUUUUCCUCCACUUUCUCCCAGCCCUCUUUUGCAGUAUGAAGUGCAGUUAUGGCAAGGAGUAGCAAGUCAGCAGCGAGGACCCUGGAGGAUUUGACGCUAGACUCGGGUUAUGGUGGAGCCGCCGACUCCUUCAGGUCUUCCAGCGCGUCGCUGUGCUGCUCAGAGGCACAUGGGGGGAAUUACUGGCAUCUAACCGACUCGAUGCACAGUCGACACAACAGUCUGGACACUGUUAACACGGUCCUGGUCGAAGACGCCGAGAUCCUGGAGUGCACCGGGCAGUGCGCUAAACUACCCGAGCUUGAGGAUGUGCCGUGGAGCCUCGGGGAAGUGGCGAGCGCGCUGAGCAAGGACGAGGAGAUGAGCCUGCCGACCCCCCCGCAGGACGUCCUGCUCCGGCUCUCGGUGCUGGUCAGCCGGGCCCUGGUCAGGGUCGCCAAGGAGGCGCAGCGCCUGAGUUUGCGCUACGCCAAAUGCACCAAAUACGAGAUCCAAAGUGCCAUCAAGAUCGUCCUGUCGUGGACCGUGUCGAUGAACUGCAUCGGCGCGGCCCUCAGUGCCUUGUCCCUGUACAACAUGAGCACGGAGGAGGACAAGUUCAGCCGCGGCAAGUCGGCGCGCUGCGGACUCAUCUUCAACGUGGGGAAGUUCUUCAGGUGGAUGGUCGACAGCAGGGUGGCGGUCCGGAUCCACGAGCACGCCGCCAUCUACCUGGCCGCGUGCAUGGAGAGCCUGUUCCGCGAGGUGUACGAGCGGGUGCUGCGCAGUGCGCUGCUGGAGAGGGACAACGGGAUCCCCAAGUUCACCGUGGAGACCCUGGAGCAGGCCGUGAACGGCGACGCGGAGAUAUGGGGCUCUCUGCAGGUCUGGCAGCACCUGAUCUGCGGGAAGAACGCGGGCGGUGUGCUCAGCCUACCUGAGGGUGUGACGCUUCACAGAGACCAGCAGCAGCAGCAGCGAGCGGCGAAGAGCGGCGAGGGAAACUCCUACAGCCAGACUGAGCUGCGCUCCGUCGAGCAGUGCCUCCUGGCCACCAGAGUGGGCAGCAUCUCUGAACUCAGUGAUCUGGUGUCCCGGGCCAUGCACCACCUACAGCCGCUCUACACCAAGAACCACAGCAACGGGACGCCCAUCCACCAGAAGAGCGGCGUGAUUCACUGGGCGCCCGAGGCCAUCUACACGCUGUGCUACUUCAUGCACUGCCCCCAGAUGGAGUGGGAGAACCCCAACGUGGAGCCCUCCAAGGUCACCUUACAAACAGAGAGGCCGUUUCUGGUGCUGCCGCCGCUCAUGGAGUGGGUGCGUGUGGCCGUGGUUCACACCGAACACAGGCGCAGCUUCUCCGUGGACAGCGACGACGUCCGGCAGGCCGCCAGGCUGCUGCUGCCCGGAGUGGACUGUGAGCCACGCCAGCUCCGAACAGAUGACUGCUUCUGUGCCUCGAGGAAACUGGACGCUGCCUCUACUGAGGCAAAGUUCCUGCAGGACCUGGGCUUCCGGAUGCUCAGCUGUGGACGCACCGACCUGGUGAAGCAGGCUGUCAACCUGCUGGGGCCGGACGGCAUCAACAGCAUGAGCGAGCAGGGGAUGACCCCGCUGAUGUACGCCUGCGUCCGUGGAGACGAGGCCAUGGUGCAGAUGCUGCUGGAUGCAGGAGCAGAUAUCAACAGCGAGGUGCCAAACUCAGUGCACAAGCACCCCUCAGUCUUUCCCGAAACGCGGCAGGCGACGCCCCUCACUUUCGCUGUGUUACACGGACAUGUGCCUGUGGUGCAGCUGCUGCUGGAUGCCAAAGCCAACGUGGAGGGUUCCCUGCAGGACGGGAUGGAGAACUACACCGAGACGCCGCUGCAGCUGGCUGCUGCUGCAGGUAACUUUGAGCUGGUGACUCUGCUGCUGGAGCGCGGCGCCGACCCCAUGGUGGGAACCAUGUACCGUAAUGGCAUUUCCACCGCGCCACAGGGAGACAUGAACUCCUACAGCCUGGCAGCGGCCCACGGACACAGAAACGUGUUCCGGAAGCUGCUGUCCCAUACGGAGAAAGGAAAAGGGGACGUCUUGUCCUUGGAGGAGAUUCUGGCAGAAGGUUCGGAGCUGGAAGGUAGAAGUCCGUCUCAGAUGGACCUGAUCCGAACCGGAAAGGCCAAACUCAAAGCCUUGAAAGAAGCCAUGUACCACAGUGCAGAGCACGGCCACGUAGACAUCACCAUCGACAUCCGGAGCCUCGGGGUCCCGUGGACUUUACACACUUGGCUGGAGUCUCUGCGCACGUGUUUCCAUCAGCACCGCCGGCCGCUGAUCCAGGGUCUGCUGAAAGAGUUCAGCUGCAUUGAGGAGGAGGAGUACACCGAGGAGCUCAUCACGCACGGCCUGCCUCUCAUGUUCCAGAUCCUCAGAGCCAGCAAGAACGAAGUCAUCAGUCAGCAGCUGUCUGCCAUCUUCACCCAGUGCUACGGGCCGUACCCCAUCCCCAAACUGGUCGAGAUCAAGAAGAAGCAGUCGUCACGCCUCGAUCCUCACUUCCUGAACAAUAAAGAGAUGUCUGACGUGACCUUCUUGGUGGAGGGGAAGCCGUUCUACGCCCACAAAGUCCUGCUGUUCACAGCCUCCAACAGGUUCAAAUCUCUGCUCGCAAACAGACCUUGUGGUGAAAACACGUGCAUUGAAAUCAGCAAUGUCAAAUAUCACAUUUUUCAGCUGGUGAUGCAGUAUUUGUACUGUGGAGGGACGGAUGCUCUGCACAUCAGGAACCCUGACAUUAUGGAGCUUCUAUCAGCAGCCAAGUUCUUCCAGCUGGAAGCGCUGCAGAGACACUGUGAGAUCAUCUGCUCCAAGAACAUCAACACGGAAACCUGUGUUGAGAUCUACAACCACACCAAGUUCCUCGAUGCUCCGGACCUUGCGUCCUACAUAGAGGGCUACUUCCUGAAGAACAUGGUCAUCCUGAUCGAGCUGGAGCCGUUCAAACAGCUGCUGUACGACGCGCCUCCGGACAGCCCCGGCUGUGACAUCCUGCAGGACCUGGAGAAAACCCUGGCCAUGCGCAUCCAGUCCAUCCACCUGUCCUCCUCCAAGGGAUCCAUCGUCUGAACUCCGGACCGUUCUGAACCCGAGGACGUUUCUCGGAGAGGACGAUCAGAGACACGACACUGUACCGAUCCGAGUCACUGAUCACGCCGAGUUCAAACGGGACUGUCCGGUUCUGUCUCUGUGAAGCUCAUCGGUUGCAAACACGCUUCUUGUUAUCUUAGCACAGAUGGUUCCGAGUCUGUCUGUCUGCCUUGUUGAUAUGUGUCUACUAACAUGACUGUCAUGAGAUCGCUGUAUUACGCCACAGUUUGCCAAUAACAUAUAUUACUGUAACAGACAUCCCUUGUUCAGCUCAGUGGGACACGCUGUGGAGCUGAACGGACCGGGUCGGACUACAGGAGCUCAGAGGAGGAGUUUCAACCAAUCAGUUAGCGACCUCAGCAUAAUGUGAUAAGCCAUGGGUGUGUCCCUGGAUGUGAGGAGGAACCGCCGCCUCAUGUUGUGAUUUCUUUGCUUGAACAUCUGGACCUGUACAGAGAAGCCAUUUGUAUAUGUGUCAGUCCCGUAGAUCCGUGCUGAGUAGAAGCCAAACGAGACAAACAAGUGACGAGAAACUGUGCUGUGACUGAAGCUGGUGGGGAGAGAGGACUUCCUCCACUACUGUGUAAAUACUGUUCAUAAACCAACAGAGCUAUUGAUCAUGUAAGUUAAUGUAUAUAUCCACGGAUGUUUUCUCAUGUGUCUUACUGUUGGACAUGGCUGUAAAAAGCUCAUCUUUUCUGUAUCUAUGUUUCAGUGUUGCAUGUCAGAGGGAUGAUUCGUUUUUCCGUUUGAAUCGUCGGAGGUUACGUUGCGGAGCUGCUUUCGCUCUUCAGAAUAGUUUUCUGUCAUCAGCAUGGGUCGCUAUGAAUGUGUCGCAGUCAGAUGGUGUCUUUAUUUUUGUGUGUGAGAGGCUUCGGGCUCGUUUAGUCCUGAACUGGGAACAUAAUGCUGUCAGCUGUUUUCCAAGGAUUGUGAAACCACAUAUGUGUGACUUGAUCUUUCCUCUAUAAAGAAUUAAUAUAAAGAACACACUGAACUUUGCUGGUAGAUUCACACGGUGCAGUCUGGGUAAAAAACACCUGAAGGGGGCAUCUAUAAUUCAGUUUGAAGUAAAAGUUUUAAAGACA